AUGGCUUCUCCUCCCUCUCUCCACAACAACAUCGGCUUCGACUAUUCUAUACAUUUAAUCAAACCAGACCCCCCCCCCAGGAAGAGCUAUCACGUCCAUCACAGUCUCUCUACACCUGCCCCCGCAGAUGCACGUGAAGCCCUCUUCCAGGCUAUUAAAAUGGUCAAGGGUCCCGAAGAGACAAGUGGCUACGCCCGGCGUCAACUUCUCAUCGUCAAAUGCAAGCGCCCGGCCGCUGAUACCCCCGAGAUCUGGGAAGAGACUGUCUGCGGACAAUUUCUGGGAGAUAUAUCGACUUUUAUCACCAACACUUCUCAGAGAGUUUUUGGGGCGAUUGCUAUUGGGACAUUCGAUCUGAGAACUGAGAAUGGUGUUGAGGAGGUGGAGAAGAUGCUGGACUAUAUCAAGGCUGAGGGAUGGGAUUGGGCGAACUCGGAGUCGGAGAUUGAAGAAAUGUCGUGA